CUCGGCGGACUCGCUUUCCCAUGGUGCCUGAAGAGCGGGGUACGGAUGGCGGAGAAGGAUGACACCGGAGUUUGACGACGAAGUGGUGUUUGAGCCCAAAUAUCCAGAGGACCUAGCUGCCUACUAUGGGAACUUACAUAGAAUUCACCACUCUAUCAGUACUUACAGGAUCUGGGACAUACUGAUUUUGAAAUAUGCUCACCAUUGUUGCAGAAGUCAGAAGAAUGCACAUCCAAAGAGGGACCAAAAGAAAUGGAUAUAUAAAAGGAGAUGAUGAAAACUCUGAUGGAUUGCACGAAAAAGAAGAGAAUCAAUUCAGUUUAGUGGUUAAAAUACCAAGUAGAAACUGAGAUCUGAUCCCACUUUAGGCUUGAAAUCCCAGCUGGGGACUCUGGAAAGACAUCCUGUCAAACCUAGCUGAGAGAUUAAAAAGCUGGCUUCCUUUUUCCCUAUAUAAGAAAAGGCAUGAUAUGCUUCAUCAGUUGGAUGUUGGUUUUCGUUCAGAGGCACUCUGCACCAUCCUGCAACAGGAAGUUCUGCUACAGGAGGAUGUUGAACUGAUUGAACUAUUUGAUCCUAGUAUCCUGUCUGCAGGACAGCUCAAACAGCAGGAACAUGGACAUCUUCCAACACUAUGCUCCCUAGCAACUCCUAAUAUUUGGGAUAUUUCAUUAUUUUUUCUCUUCAUCAGCACACUGGUGACAAUUCCUUCUUUAUGGAGUGGAUUCCUUGGAUUAAUUUUGGGAGUAGUUUUCUUGGUUUACCUAACUAUGCGAGGUUUGGAUAUAACACGGAUUGCAAAGUUGCAAAUGUCUCUUAAACAAUGUCAUCUCCAACUAGAAGAUAUAAUGGUUAAUUGCCGCGCCUUCACUAACCUUGUGAGGAAAGCAUUGCGACUCAUUCAAGAAACUGAAGUAAUUUCCAGGGGAUUUACUCUUUUGCUUGACAGGGUUAGUGCUGCUUGCCCAUAUAAUAAAGGUGGACAACAUCCUUGUCAGCAUCUGAUUGGUCUUCGAAAAGCCGUGUAUCGAUCAGUAAGAGCCAACCUCAGAACUUCAAGACUUGCUACCUUAUAUAUGCUUAAACAUUACCCACUGAAUUCUGAGAGUGACAAUGUCACAAACUACAUAUGUGUGGUGCCUUUUAAGGAGCUUGGUUUGGGAUUAAAUGAAGAGCAAGUAUCUGAAGAAGAAGCACACAACCUCACUGAUGGCUUCAGCUUGCCUGCGCUAAAGGUUUUAUUUCAGCUUUGGGUCGGUCAAAGUUCUGAAUUCUUUAGGCGACUACUACUUCUGUUAUCUCCCUCUAAUGCAUCUCUCAAGAGCCAGAUUACACCAGAACGUUUGCCUCUUUGUAUCUUUUCUGAUAUAAUUCAAGGUCUGCCACAUGCUCAUGCUGCUUGUUUAGAAGAACUUAAAAGGAGUUAUGAAUUUUAUCGGUAUUUUGAAACACAUCAUCAAUCUUACUUGGAACGUCCAGUCAAAGCUAAACCAAAAUCAGGAUCACUAAGCCAUCUCCACACUGCUGUGCGCAGUUUGCAACUCCAUCUAAAAGCCUUACUGAAUGAAAUGAUAAUUCUUGAGGAUGAACUUGAGAAGGUUAUGAAUUCCAAGGAAAGCCCAGAAUUAACUUGGGAGGCCUACCAAAUUGCAGAUCAGAAAUUUAAAUUGAUUCAGCCUCACAUGCAUGCUAGCAAUAGUUGUUGGGAAGAGGCUAUUUCUCAGGUGGAAAAAAUGAUUCGAAGAAAUUCAGAUAAAAAAGGUAAAUCGGAACCAUCUUGUGAAAACAAGCAUUGUACUACGGUACCUUUAAAGCAGCCGACUGUGCAUAUAGAAGACAAAGACCCUGUUCCUGAAGAACAGGAACUUGAAGCAUAUGUUGAUGAUAUAGAUAUGGACGAGUGUAAGAGAGAUGAUUUUUAUUACUUUUCUCUGGAAGACAGACAGAGACAAAAACGUGAAAGAGAAGAAUCUAAGAGAGUGCUGCAGGAACUGAAAUCUGUGUUGGGAUUUAAAGCUUCAGAGGCAGAAAGGCAAAAGUGGAAACAACUGCUGUUUAGUGAUCAAGCUGCAAUGAACAUUUCUACUUCAGAGAACUGUGUACCAAAUUCAGAAUUACUUAAAAAUUCAGACAGAGACAAGCAGGAUUGUAGCAAAAAUGAAAAUCUAGAAGAAACCAUUUCUGACUACAAAAUGAAAAUUCCCAAAAAUGAAAAAGAAAAGAUGGAAUAUUUAUUUGAAGGCCUUGAAGUGAAUGAACAUGAUGUUGUUGCCAUUACUGCCUCACCAGAAGUUGAAAAAAGAACAUGUUCCCAGUGCAACGGAGAAGGUGAGGAAUCUAAACAAAGUGCUGUAGAUGUAAGUAUGAUAGAGUCAUUUGAAAAUAAACAGUCUUCCAUCAAACAAAGGUUGGCUGAACUCCAUAUAUCCACAGAUUUUAAUUUCACAUCAGGUCUAGCAGCACAGGUUGCUGCCAAAUCCCUCACAUUUAGAACCAUGAAAGAACAGAUGUUUGGAGAAGAUGAGGAAACAAUGGAAAUUCAGGAAAAUGAGGACAUUUUUGAAAAAACAGAAAAUACAUGACUGAAAAUGACAUAUUAUAAAGUUUCACUUUAAAUUUGUUUUGCUGACUUGAAAGCAAGAUAAAGGGGCACAAGAAAAAUCAGAAUUUAGCAAUGGAUGACAAGGGAUAUGUAUAUCUAUUGUUAAAAUAAUACUAUUUAGUAGACUUUUACUAGCCUUUUGAAAUGUAUACAAAUGCAAAUACAACCAGACUCAAGAUGUACAGUACAAUUCUUAUUGCUGCCGGAGGUGACUGAAUGUUUUUAUUAAUGUUUUAUUUAUUUAUAUUAUGAGGGUUUUUUUCUAAUAGAAAAUUAUUUGUUGUUUCCUUAAUAGCAACAUUAAUUUAAAUAAAAAUACUUGAAAUCAGUAUUUAACAAUUUUUUGUGGGUCUCAUACCAGCUUUAUUUCUUCUAUUGAUUCUGCUUUAUAUCACUAGCUUUUGUUGAGCCAUUACUUCAUUAUGGUUCUAUACUAAGAUGUAUCAAAUUGAAAUAAAAAAAUAACAUCCAUUAUUGAUGUAUGAUAGCGAAGGUUUAAAUCAUUUGCCUAUGUUCACUUCUGACUGGAGAAAACAAUUUGAAUUUAUCAUGUAUUUGCCACAUUUCUCUGUACUAAAUUUUCAGCCUAUUCCUUAUAAUAACCAUUCACUUCCCUAUUUGUACAUGAGAAAAAUUAAACAAAUUUUGAACCAGUCUUCCUUCUUCUGUUAAUUUCUUUGAAUAAAAGCAAUUUUGUCUCUUCUAUAAACAUACUGAUAUUUGAUUGUAAUAGUGUACAUAUCUGAUUUGUAUCAGUUACUCUCAAUUCAGGUAACUCAAUUUCUUUUAUUUUAGUCUGAAUAUUUCAGAUAAUUAAUAGUUAUUCAACACUAUUGAUUGUCAUUGAACAACAUUAGACUAUUUUGCUAAAUGUAAGUUUAGGGCCUAACAACAAGUGAAGAUGGAUUAGGCUUGUAUCAAUAAUGAGUAAAGUCAGCAACCGCCAAAUAUCCACUUUUAUUAAAGUAAUAAAUCAAAUGGGUUUAUGAUAAAUGAUGCUUAGUUCUCAUUUUUGCUUAGUAAAAUUAUUGAAGACUUAUUCCUAUAUUAAACUUGGAAAACUGCUGUA